AUGUCUAAUCCAAGCAGGUUCAUCGACAUCAUCACCAAGGUGGCGUUACCCAUUGGUAUUGUUGCCAGUGGGCUUCAAUACUCCAUGUAUGAUGUGAAAGGUGGUUCUCGUGGUGUUAUCUUUGACAGAAUCAAUGGUGUUAAGCAACAGGUUGUGGGUGAAGGUACCCAUUUUCUGGUGCCUUGGCUACAAAAGGCGAUUAUAUACGAUGUGAGAACAAAGCCAAAGAGUAUUGCUACGAACACUGGUACUAGAGAUUUACAAAUGGUGUCCUUGACGUUAAGAGUCUUGCACAGACCAGAGGUUUUACAACUGCCUUCCAUAUAUCAAAAUUUGGGCCUUGAUUAUGAUGAGAGAGUGUUACCAUCAAUUGGUAACGAAGUGUUAAAGUCUAUAGUAGCACAGUUUGAUGCAGCCGAGUUGAUUACUCAAAGAGAGAUUAUUUCUCAAAAGAUCAGAAAGGAGCUCUCUACGAGAGCCAACGAAUUUGGUAUCAAGUUGGAAGAUGUCUCAAUUACCCAUAUGACGUUUGGCCCCGAAUUCACUAAAGCCGUUGAACAAAAGCAAAUUGCACAACAAGAUGCUGAAAGGGCAAAGUUCAUCGUUGAAAAGGCGGAGCAAGAAAGACAAGCCUCAGUUAUUAGAGCAGAAGGUGAAGCAGAAAGUGCUGAAUACAUUUCAAAAGCUUUGGCUAAAGUGGGUGAUGGUUUGUUAUUGAUUAGAAGAUUAGAAGCCUCCAAGGACAUUGCCCAAACUCUGGCCAAUUCCAGUAGUGUUAUCUAUUUACCAAGUCAACACGCCGGUAGUAGUAACAGCGAAUCUUCAGGAUCUCCCAACUCCUUGCUUUUAAAUAUUGGUCGUUAA